CAGAAGUCAGUAUACCCACAAGUCCCGCGUAAUUACAAAGUAGGAAAUGAGAAGUGUUUCCGGAUAACAUGCAAGAGAAAUAAUUAAAGCUGUGUUAUUGCGGAGGGAAUAAUUUGUGUUGAUAUUUAAAUGAUUUGCUAUCUUUGAGGAUUUAUUUUCCCUUCUAGGUGUUGUCAUUUUGUUUUAUUUUGUUUUAAAGUAGGUAAGGGAGUCAGAACAGCUGCCCGUUCGUGACGCGGUUGUUUACGUUUUUGUUCAUUCUUAAUUGUGCGCUCUCUUAAUUCUCUUGUUAGUGUCAGUAGAAAAUUAUAAUUUAAAAAGUGUCAUUUGGAUCUGCCAAGAAAGCAAAGUGUUGUGUUUUUUGUAAAAUGAAAAAUUAGACGUCAGAAAACCAAUUGCAACCCAAGAUAUUGUACACUAUGUCAACUGAGGAGGUUUUUGCAGAAGGAAAUGAAGUUAACGGGCAUGUAGAGCCUGAAGAAGUUGUUGAUAGACGGGAAUCAGUGUCUAAGGAUCCGCCACCAGUUGUUGCUCCUAAACCCAAGCGGUCUUCAACAAGUGGGAGUAUGUCGGAGCCACACCACACGGGUCCUCCACAGCAACAACAUGGUCACAUGACCGCCGAGGAGAUGGACGAGCAGAGAAAGCAGAAUAUCGCUUAUGAAUACCUCUGUCAUCUUGAAGAAAGCAAAGUAUGGAUACAAGCUUGCAUUAAUGAAGAGUUACCUCCCACAACAGAGCUGGAGGAGGCAUUACGUAAUGGAGUUUACCUGGGAAAACUUGCUCACUUCAUGGCCCCCAACAAAGUCCCUCUUAAAAGGGCUUAUGAUAGAGAAUCAUUUUAACUUUUUCAGGCCAGAGGGCUUCACUUCCGACACACAGAUAACUUAAACCAGUGGUUCCAGGCUAUGGAAGAGGUUGGACUUCCGCGGAUAUUUUACCCUGAGACAACUGAUAUAUAUGACAGAAAGAAUAUGCCGAGGACAAUAUAUUGCCUUCAUGCUUUAAGUUUAUACCUGUUCAAGCUAGGUAUGGCUCCACAGAUUCAAGACUUGUACGGAAAGGUUAAUUUUACAGAGGAAGAAUUACAUAUCAUACAUAAGGAAUAGACAAAUUGGUAUCAGAUGCCAACAUUCAGCAAGAUUGGAGGAAUCCUUGCUAAUGAGCUAAGUCAAGACGAUGCAGCAUUACACGCAGCUAUUAUUGCCAUCAACGAAGCUAUUGAGACUCAAGUCACUGCAGACAUUAUGGCGGCUCUUGGCAACCCUUCAGCAAAUCUUGUCGGGAUUGAUGGUGUUCUUGCCGAGAAUUAUUCCGCUGACCUUUAUAACGCCAAACAAACAAAGACAGAAAAUGCCAAAAAUAAGCGAGGAGGAGAGGGGGAUAGCACAAAAGAGUUUGAUGUUUAUGAUGAAAUGUUAACACAAGCUGAAAUACAGGGGAACUUGAAUCUAGUCAAUACAACGCACACAUUGAAUGAAUUGAAUUCAGCCUUAUUAAAGGAGGAUAAGGAAUUCAUUUUGAAAUGGUUGAAGUCAUCACAUCUUGGUAUCAAGAACAUCAAAGAUGAAAAUAUUGAUCACUAUGUUGUACAGCUUCAGGAAACCAGACAAGUCAAAAAGAAUAACAAUAAUGGUGAAGAUGUUCCCCUCGACAAGGAAGACAUUCAACAAGCAGUUAACACAGCUAAUCUAGAGGCAGAUGCUGAAUAUCAGAAGUCCUUGGCUGUUGUGUCAGUGAAUCAAGCCAUCGAGACCAAAGAUCGUGACCUGUUGAUGAAAACAUUACAGCACCCACGUUCACAGUUACCACAGGUUCAUGACUUUGCUGGUAGUUUGUAUAUGGAGGAGUUCUGUAGCAUGCGAGAGGAAAAAGAACAUGAGGAACAACUAGAUUAUGAUGAGAUUUACGCAGCAGUAGGAGUUUUAUCAGCAAUAGCUUCUAUAAAUAGAUGUGUGGACACAGGAAAUACAGAGGGUACUUUUGCAGCAUUGUCAGUUGAGACAGCAUGUAUAGAAAAUCUGGAUGAAGAAAAUGCUGAUAGAUACCAGUCUGCCUUAGAAAAUGUCAAAACUGGCAAGCAAGGGGAAUCAUGUGAUCUGUUAACCCAUGCUGAGAUAACAGAAGUUGUAGAACAAGUUAAUGCUCAAGUUGAAGAGGAACACCUUAGAAUCCUAGCAUUAUCAAAGAUUAAUGAAUAUAUAGAGAAAGGCAACCCCGAGGAGACAUUAGAGAUGUUGAAGUUACCAGAAGCUAAGCUAGAAAAUGUGGAGGACAAACAAGCUUACAGCUACCAGGUGUCUCUCAUACGUAAGAAGAAGGAAAAGGCUGAGAAACAUGGAGAUGAUAGUGCAGAGUUGUGGCUAGAUGAAAUUCAAGCUUCCAUUGACAAAAGCAACCAAGAUGCCAAAGAGGGAUUGGAAUUGUUGUCUGGUUUGGCUAGUAUCAAUGAUGCUAUAGAUGCAGACGACCAUGAGGCUUUGAUAGCUGGUCUUGCCUUACCUAGUGUUGGAAUGAAUAAUGUGAGUGCAGACUGUGCCCACACCUAUCUGGAGGAACUACAUAAAGAAAAGGAGAAGAAGCAGGCUGCUGGGGAAUGUGGAAGUGGCUGGAUGAUGAACCGUACAAAAGACGGCACCAAGUUUUUCUAUAAUACACGUUCCCAGGAAUACCUCUGGUGUAGGACUGAUGAUGUCAUCAAAGAUAAUUCGUUACUUACCAAAGAUGAAAUACAGG